AUGCCUCUCUGCGGCGGCACCAAGACUGUUCAGCGGAAGCUCGUGCUUCUAUACUUCCCUACGGUAUACGAACCGACUGUUUUUGAGAACUACGUGCACGACAUCUUCAUCGACAAUGUCCAUGUCGAGUUGAGCCUCUGGGAUACGGCUGGCCAGGAGGAAUUCGACCGGCUGCGCUCGCUAUCCUAUGACGACACCCAUGCUAUAAUGCUCUGCUUCAGCGUCGACUCGCCCGACUCCCUGGAAAACGUCGAGACCAAAUGGGUUGGCGAAAUUGCGGAGAAUUGCCCCGGCGUGAAGCUCGUGCUCGUGGCACUCAAGUGCGACCUCCGAGAACAGACCGACGGCGACGAUGAGGACGGACAGCAAGGCGAGAAGCCGGCGCUCAUCAAUUACGAUCAAGGUCUCAAGGUCGCAGAAAAGAUUCGCGCUUUGAGAUACCUCGAAUGCUCUGCAAUGAAGAACAGAGGUGUCAACGAGGCUUUCACGGAGGCCGCAAGAGUAGCGCUCUCUGUCAAGAACGCAAAGGACAACGACGCGAAGUGUGUCGUUAUGUAA